ACGCAGCCGCGGACCGAGCCCCACUGCGCCCAGCCGCCAUCUUCAACCUUGGCCCGACACCAACCGCCACCCGCCGGCACCGGGAGACGCGGACCUCACCUCUCCUCGCAGUCUUUGCAUUUCACUUGCAAGGGGACAAGCUGCUGGAAAAGAACUUGGCUCAUGUCGGACCGCUGCCCCGACGGCUGUGCGACAAAGCCCAACAGGCCUGCCUGAAAGAAGUCCUGGUCCUGACAGCGUUUGAGUUUGGCGCUCAGCUCCCGCGGAGGAGGAGGAGGGGAACGAUAAACAGAGAGAACGAAGGAGGUUUGGACCUCGGCAGCCACCAUCAACCUCUUCCGGCUCAGGGAAGUGAACGCGCAAGGGUGAUGGCGUAUUUCCGGUCAUUAACCCACACACAUGCCUCAGGCGGCCAUGUUUGUUAAGGGAAGGGGACCAAAGGAAAGUGACAGCUUUGGGCUGAAUGCCGAAUGCCCCCCAGCCAAAAGGAUCGUGGGUUAUGGAGGCUCCUGCGCCGACCUCGCACGCGACCGGUUUUCCAACGGAGGGCAGAUGCAGCUACUUUGUGGAAAAGAAGAAGCGCUUCUGCAGGAUGGUGGUGGCCGCGGGGAAAAGGUUCUGUGGAGAACACGCUGGAGCCGCGGAGGUCCGCUAUCGCCCUACCCUCCUGAGAGAUUCCGGGUCUGUGGGUGCUGGAACCCGGCCUCGCCCCUCUUUGACAGCUUCCUGCUUCUGUCCCAUGGGUUCCCCAGCUUUUUCCUAAGUAAAUGGCAGUUCUGGCCUCCGCGUGGAGCCGCGGAAGAAAAUGCUCGGAAAAGAAUCUUGUGUCCUUUAGAUCCCAAACACACAGUAUAUGAAGACCAACUAGCAAAACAUUUAAAAAAAUGUAACUCACGAGAGAAGCCAAAGCCUGAUUUCUUUACUCAAGAUAUAAAUGCAGGAUUAAAGGAAGAAAUGGAAAUUCCUGAGCAAUUAGUUCCAUUUUCUUCUCUAUCUGAAGAGCAGUUGGAAAACUUAAUUAAGAAAUUGAGAAAAGCAAGUGAAGGCUUGAAUUCUACACUUGAAGAUCACAUUAUGUCCCAUCCAGCAUUACAUGAUGCCCUGAAUGACCCUAAAAACGGUGACUGUGCAGUGAAGCACCUGAAACAGCAGGCUUCUAUUUUAGGUAACAUUGAAAAAUUAAAGUUACUUGGUCCAAGAAGAUGCUUUGUUGAGUUUGGAGCAGGAAAGGGGAAGUUAUCUCACUGGGUUGAUAUUGCCUUAAAAGAUGCUGAAAACGUUCACUUCAUCCUGGUAGAGAAAGUGACCACAAGAUUCAAGGUGGACGGUAAGCACAGAAAGGAGAGCUCAGUGUUUGAAAGACUUCAGAUCGACAUCCAACACCUGUGUCUGAACAGGGUUCCUGUGCUCAGAGAAGCAAGGCUGCCUGUGGUAGGGAUUGGGAAGCAUCUGUGUGGGGUCGCAACAGAUCUUGCAUUACGAUGUUUGGUUGAAACCUAUGCUGCCAGUUUUGAGGAACAGAAUGAAGAGCCUUUAGCCAAACGCGUAAAGAAUGGUAAAAGAGACACGGGAAGUAGCGCUUUGUCCAAGGAAGAGAGUGAAGCAAAUGCCCUGCAGACUUGGGCCCCUGUGGCUGGCAUCGUCAUUGCUCUCUGCUGCCACCACAGGUGUGACUGGAGACACUAUGUGGGCAAAGAGUAUUUCAGGGCUCUGGGCCUUGGGCCGGAGGAGUUCUACUAUUUCCAGAGAAUGAGUAGUUGGGCAACAUGUGGAAUGAGAAGGACAUCUUUGGGAGCCUCUGAUAUCACUACAAAGAGAAAAGAUGAUCAGAAUUAUGACGAUGAAGAGCAUGAUGACGGAGGAGACAGGCUCCCAGAUGGCAGCACUGAUCGUGUGCCUGGGAACUGUUUUAAGAGGUUGGAGCUGGCUUCCCACAAUACAUAAAUCUCAUACCUGUUCGCCGUGACUCCUGGAUAUAUGCACGCAUGAACUGAAGCCCAAACAGCUCCUGUUCUUCCUCUCCUUCUGCGCAAUCACAGGGAGGAAGCGUCACUUCCAGUCUCAGCGGGUUGUCUCGGAAAUUGACAAACCUAGCAGUUGACCAGAAAACAGUAUUUUAUAAGUGCCAUAGAAGUGCAUGUACAGCCUGGCGGUGGUGGCACACGCCUUGAAUCCCAGCACUCGGGAGGC